AUGUCUUCGCAUGCUAGAGUUUCUUCACAAUCUGAGCGGAGGACUGUCAAUGAUACCGGUAGUGGCAGCUCCAGAUCCCGCCCACCUUCUGCACUGGCAGGCACAAGAGCUGAUAGACCAGAUGUACGGCGACGACCUUCACCCCCACCAGUAGCUAUAGAUUCUAAUCCCCGAAGAACACAAUCAAGCUCGCAACGGAACAAUAGAGGGGUAGAAGAGAGGAGGACCGAAAGGGUUCAUGUCGCAACUCGAGAAACAGUGACGGCUAGAACAAGAAGCCCUGAGCGUCGCGCCCCUACGGAUCGUCCUAGGACCAAUGAUACGUCUAGAUCCCGCGGGGAAGAGCUUCCGUCAAAAACGUCGAAAGUCGAAACUCAACAUGUAUUACCAUGGGAUCCCCAAGUAUCCUUAGUGGCCCAUACAACCGCGCCAUUAGCAUCCAGGAUUUCCAUUCCACCACUUGCUUCUCAAGCUCCCCAAGCCUUGCAGCCCCAGUCCCUCCACGAAUUGUCUAUGGAAGUACAAGAAGCAGCUAUAUUGGAGGACCUUCUCUUUGUUUUCAUGGGAUACGAGGGACAAUAUAUCAGGUUUGGGAAGAAUUAUGAUCCUCUCGUUGAAAAGGAUCGUCUCGCGGGCCCCAGCUUUAAGAUUUUACCUGGCUUGGAUCCUAGUUUGCAGGACCUCACCACGACUAUGCUUAAGAUGGCUACGAAUUAUGGGGCAACUGAGGCUUUUGUUGAAGUGCAGAGCCGAGAAGAGUUUGGGGCUGUCAACCAUGCAUUGUGCGCUGCCAUGAGGAAACUCCUACAAGAUUACCUCAUUUUGAUUGCUCAGCUCGAAACCCAGUUUCUGACCAAUCCCUCUUUUACUUUACACGUUCUCAACCUCCACACACUUCCUACGAGUCAUAUGAUGUUCCAGCUGUCCUCACUUGCUCAUGAAAUAUUGAAGAGAAAUUCUCUGCUCGAGGAAGACGAGGAGGAUGGGGAUGGAAUGGAUGAUUUCGAGAACAUUCUAGAAAGUCUCCGCGAGGGUGGAGACCUUGGGCUUGGAAAUAUUCCAGGCAAGAAGAUCUGCAAAGGUGGAAGCGUACUGGGCCUCAUCACGAAACGAUUGGAGACAAUGUCCGGUGAUCCAGCUGCUCGGUCUCUUCUAACCUCGCUGUUACGAGAUGCCAGUCGUCCUUAUAUGGUGAUGCUGAACGAGUGGUUGCAUCACGGAAGCAUUAAAGACCCCCAUGCGGAGUUUCUAGUGAGAGAACAGAAAAGUAUCAAGAGGGAGAGGCUGGAGGAGGAUUAUACCGACGAGUACUGGGAGAGACGAUACACGAUCAGGGAUACUGAUGUACCUCCCCAAUUGGAAGGCGUGAAAGGUAAAGUACUCCUAGCGGGCAAGUAUUUGAACGUGGUACGUGAAUGCGGGGGUGUCGAUGUGAGCAAAGAGGUGAAAGAUGUUCCCCGAUCAUUUGAUGACAAUCGAUUCCUGGAAAACGUCAAUAGUGCCUACGCGCAUGCCAAUGAGUCUUUACUUAAGUUGUUGCUGACUGCCCAUGCUUUACCUGCUCGAUUGAGGUCUUUGAAGCACUAUUUCUUCUUGGACCGCUCGGACUUCUUUUCCUAUUUCCUCGAGCUCGGCAAUUCCGAGUUGCGAAAACCUGUCAAGGCUGUCAAUACAAGCAAGCUUCAGUCUUUACUGGACCUUGUUCUUCGACAACCUGGAAGUGUCGCGGCCCAAGAUCCCUUCAAGGAAGACAUCAAAGUUGAGAUGAACGAUAUCAGCUUGACAAAUAUGUUGACCAGAGUAGUCAAUAUAUCCGGUAUUGAACAGGGAGAGUCCCUACAAACCCCUGCUCAACCAGUCACAGAGAAUGAUAAGGCUGCUGUGGGCUUUACUUCCCUUCAACUCGAUUAUUCCGUCCCCUUCCCGGUGUCUCUUGUCAUCAGUCGGAAAACAGUCUGGAGAUAUCAAGCACUCUUUCGAUAUCUGCUAUCUUUGCGCUAUCUCGAGCAGCAACUUGUCUCCUGUUGGCAAACACAUAAUCGAGCCGCUACUUGGUCUCACAAAAGUUCUAAUCGGAACCUUGAAUUGUGGAAGCGGCGAGUAUUUACAUUACGAGCACGAAUGUUGGUAUUUGUACAGCAACUUCUUUACUUUUGUACGUCUGAAGUCAUCGAACCAAAUUGGCAGGGAUUGAUGGCUAGGUUGAAUGCGAAGGAAGACGAUAAAAUUGGGAAAACACCAGCCGUGAGGACGGUUGACGAACUCAUGCAAGAUCACGUUGACUUUCUUGAUACUUGUAUGAAAGAGUGCAUGCUUACGAACAGCCGACUUUUGAGGAUUCACUCUAAACUAAUGUCGACUUGCACUAUGUUCGCAACAUUCACUUCAUGGCUCUCAAGAGAACUGGAGAAGAUUGAUACCGAUUUAUUGGGAACGGAAAGACCUAGUACCAUGAAUGCACAACAAUGGGCUCGCUACCAGCGUGACCGAGGUGCUAGAAACGGCGAAUCUAACAAUGCGAACCCGCUUUCCGAAGGAAGUUUCGAUGAAGCACGGCUUGAAAAGAUGUAUGAGAUAAUCAAAAAAUACGAGUUUAAUUUCAGCAAGCAUUUGCAAAUCUUGCUAGAUGCUCUCAACCACUAUGCUGCUACGGAAACGGUGGUAUUAUUGGGGUUAUGUGCAAGAUUGAGCACUGCCAAUCAAGGCACUCAAUUCAAUGGCUUACGGACUGAUGAGGAUGGUGCAGGGCAACAAUAG